AUGGUGGGAUGUGCUGUCGCCUUUCUGGCAGUUGCUCUGGCGGAUGUCGAUUUUCAGGGCGCUGGGGUGGGCUCGACCGAACCCGAACUUGAAGCCUUCAUGGCCAAUGAGACAAGGCUGUGUCAGAUGGAACACGCGAGGGCUGCUGUGGCUGCUGUGCCAAUGUCUCGGAGAAUGCUCUGGCGUCGAGCAGACACCAUUGCUGCGGGUUAUCCGUCGCACUUGCAGCAGUACGUCCGACUGCUAGCGUUGUCGUUGACCGGUUCCCUGGACCUGUCGCCGAAGUAUCCCAUGGAAGCAGCGCGACGCUUCUGCGGCCUCGACUGGCCCACUGAACGGGGCUUCACCAUGGUGGGCCUCGUGCGGCUGAGAAACAUCGCUCAGCUGUUGCUCUCAGUGGUUUCUGAGAAGAUUCCCGGUGACUACGCGGAAGUGGGUGUUUGGCGUGGUGGUACAGGUAUUUUAGCAAGAGGCAUCCUCAACGAGCUGGAAAGACAUGGUUCCAGAACCGUGCACUUGUUUGAUGCAUUUGAUGUAAAAGUUUCAAAGUACGAAUCUGGACACAGAGAUCUUUUCGCCCAGACCCGACCACGGGACGUCAUUGAGUACUUUAAGAUGUUUGGAGUGGAUAACAAAGGACUGCAGAUUCACAGGGGCUUAUUCAAUCAGUCAUUGCCACAGUUUUAUGCUAUGCUCAACAACGCAGACCUGAAGAUUGCGGUGUUGCGCAUUGAUGGGAACUGGUACGAUGCACAUCAAGAUGCUUUGUAUUAUUUGUAUAGCUUUGUUCCUGUGGGCGGUUAUGUCAUAUUUGAUGACUUUGCCUUUCCUUGGGUUCAGUCAGCUUGGUCAGACUUCACAAGCGACCAACGCUUCACAGAAGAGGUGGUCUUACUCGAUGCAAAUGGAGGAUACUUUCGAAAGACCAAAGAGGUGCAGGUGAACUUCAGGACCAUGCGAGAACCGCGAGAUUGCAACCUGUGA